AUGGCGCGCCUCCUCCGGGCGCUCUUCGGCCUGCCCGUCCGGGAGGCGCCUCUGCGGGCAGUGCGGGGCUGUGCGGGCCGCUGUGGCCUCGGCGCAAGGCCCAGACAGGGGGACGCAGGGUCUCUGACAAAGUGUGAGCCAUCUCUUGCCAAGAGUGACUGGCAAAGGAAACUGACCCCAGAGCAGUUCUACGUCACAAGAGAAAAAGGAACUGAACUGCCUUUCAGCGGGAUCUACCUGAAUACCAAGGAGGCAGGGAUGUACCACUGUGUGUGCUGUGAUAGCCCACUCUUCAGUUCUGAAAAGAAGUACUGCUCUGGCACUGGGUGGCCUUCAUUUUCUGAAGCUCAUGGUACGUCUGGCUCUGAUGAAAGUAACACAGGGAUCCUGAGGCGUCUGGACACUUCAUUAGGAUUGGCUCGCACAGAGGUUGUCUGCAAGCAGUGUGAAGCUCAUCUUGGGCAUGUGUUUCCUGAUGGACCUGGGCCCACUGGUCAGAGGUUUUGCAUCAACAGUGUGGCUCUGAAGUUUAAACCAAGUAAACACUGAUUAUCUCAAGAGUCCCUUUCUCUUUCCACACCUUCAUCUACAUCUUCAAUUUUCAAUGCAUAUGAAUGAUUUAUUGUAUUUAUUAUAAAACAAGGCUAAGCUUGCUACUGGCACCAAGAGAGUCACAGCUUCUCUUAUUUAUUCACCUUGAGUCAGAUCAACCCCGACUCCCACUUUGACUGUGGUAUUUCACCAAAUGACUGAGGGACAACUGUUGACUUCUGUAGGCUUUGCCUGGGACCAGAGAGCAUGAUUCUUUGGGGACCUAGGAGGUUGAUAGAUUAGUAAGCCAGAAAGAUCCUCCAAAAUGUUCCUAAAGUUUCCAGUGCAGUUAAGUGCUUCAUGGACAUGCUAGGUGAGGGAUCAAGUGCAAAGAGGUAGGAAAAUUAUGGGAUGAGGGUAAUCUUAGCUUUGAAAGAGGCAUCAAAGAGUAGGGUUGUGGGAGAGCUGUGCUUUGGUGGGCACAUGUGGUGAUCAGUGGGAUGCAUGACUUUUUGGAAAUUUUAGAAUGUUUUGAACAUCCUAGUUCCAAUCUUUCUACCCACAAAUAAGCUCCAAUGGGAGCUCGUUAGAUUUCAGUGAUAAUGAAUGACAUUCACCCUCAUCCCUUUUGGCUACAAAGAUAAACUUUGAAAUGUUCAAGUAAAAUUUUUUCUAGAAUUUGUUUGAUUUUUGUCUAAGUCUAUGUAUGUACUCUUUUAUAAAAAAAAAAAAAAAUUUUUUUUUUUAUAAAGAUGACACUAAAUCAAAAUGACCAAAAAAUGGCUAGAUCACAUGGUACUAGGCGUUUGGCUGUAGCAAGACUUGCAACUCAAGUGUUUUACAUAUUGAGAGACUUGAUUAAUUUGUUACUGGAAUUGUUUAAAUCAUUCUUUUUGAGACUUCAUGGGUAGAAAGGAAACUUAAUUACUCCAUUUUGUCUUUAUUAAUUGGUUAGCUAUACAUUAUUUUACUGUUCUUUUAGUGAUUACCCUGGAAAUCACGUGUUUUUAACUUUUAUAUUCAUAUACAAAUUAUUACUUUUUUCUACUUCCCCGAGAGUACUAUCUUAGAACAUUUUAACAACAUUCCUCCUUCCCAUAUCUUGUGUUACUAUUGUUAUAUGUUUAUUUUUACAUACAUUUUAAAACCCGUAAUUCAUUAUUUGUAAUGUGUAUAAAAAAAAAAAAAAAAUAGUCAAUGUUAAUUUAUAUUUACCUACAUAUUUAGACCUCCUGUUUCUCUUUAUUUAUGCCUGCAAUUCUCUGAUUCCCUACGUGUGAUGGUUAGUGUUAUGUGUCAACUUGGCUAGGCCAUGAUUCUGAGUAUUAUGUAAUUAUCCUCCAUUUUGUGAUCUAGUGUAAGGGGAGUUUCCUUGGGGGUGUGGCCUGCAUAUAAUAUAUAUGGAUGUUCUGGCAGAACUCACUCACUCUUGAUCCUGCAUCUGACUAGUCAUCCUCGGACCUCCAGUUCUUGGAUAUGAGCCAGCAGCCUGCUGUCUGACCUGCCCAUUUUGGGUUCAUCAGCUCCUGCUACCAUGUGAGUCAGGAGAAGCCUCUAGCUUGACGCCUGACUGUGGAUUUGGGACUUGCCAGCUUCCACCAUUUCCUUGCAAUAAAUCUCUCUCUCUCUCUAUACACUUCCCUGGUUUUGUUCCUAUAAAGAACUCAGCCUAAGACACUGUAAGAUUGUUUUUCUUCUACCUGAAGGCCUCAUUUAUUUUUUCUCUUAGUUUAUGUUUGCUAGUGAUGAAUUCUUUCACUUUUUGUAGGUUAGAAAGUCUGUUUUCCCUGGGUAUAGAAUUCUAGUUUGGAAAUUUUCCUUUUGGCGUUUUAAAAUUUCAUUCCAUUGUCUUCUGGUUUCCAUUAUUUUUGCUAGGGAAUCAACUGUCAAAAUUAUUGUCAUUCCUUUGAAGUUAAUGAGCCCCCAUCCCCGGCUAUUUUUUUUUUUUUCCUUUUUUUAUGUUUUUCAGCAGUUUUACCAUGAUGUGUCCUGGUGUGGUUUUCACUGUAUUUAUUCUACUUGGGGUUUUUAGAACUCCUUGAAUCUGUAGGCUGAUAUCUUUUAUCAGUUUUUGAGAAUUCUGUUAUUAUUUUUCCCUAUUCUCUUUCUCCUCUCCUUCUGCAAUUUGAAUUACUGUAUUUUUAUGCAAAUAAUACGUGUCUUCUAUGUUUUCUGGUUGUGCCCUCCCCUUGCAAGGUAUUUUUGUAGGCACGCUGUACUAAUUUUCUUAUAGUAAUGUGGAAGAGGAUUGGCAUGGUGACAGUUGUGAGGGUGCCUAGUGGACAAGCAUCCAGCAGACAAACCCAGAGGCCAUAUGGGAUGGUUAAGAUUGUGGGUCAACUACCAAACUUUCAGAGAAGAGUUAACACCAUUACUACUAAAGGCAUCUCAGAGCAUAGAAAAGGAUGGAGUACUCCUAAACUCAUUCUAUGAAGCCAGCAUAACCCUGAUACCAAAACCAGGUAAAGACACCAGGUAAAAAAGAAAAUUACAGACCAAUAUCCCUCAUAAACACAAAUGCAAAAACCCUCAACAAAAUUCCAGCCAAUAGAAUUCAACAACAUAACAAAAAAAUAAUUCACCACAACCAAGUUGGAUUCAUACCAGGUAUGCAGGGAUGGUUCAACGUUAGAAAAACAAUCAGUGUAAUCCAUCACAUAAAUAAAACUAAAGACAAGAACCACAUGAUCUUAUCAAUUGAUGCAGAAAAGGCAUUUGACAAAGUCCAACACCUAUUCAUGAUAAAAACUCUCAGCAAGAUAGGAAUAGAAGGAAAAUUCCUCAACAUUACAAAGGGCAUUUAUACAAAGCCACCAGCCAACAUCAUCCUAAUCAGAGAGAGACUGAAAGCAUUCCCCUUGAGAAUAGGAACCAGACAAGGAUGCCCUUUAUCACCAAUCUUAUUCAACAUUGUGCUGAAGGUCCUAGCCAGAGCUAUUAGGCUAGAUAAAUAAAGGGCAUCCAAAUUGGCAAAGAACAAGUAAAGGUAUCUCUGUUUACAGAUGACAUGAUCUUAUACACAGAAAAACCUAGAGAAUCCUCAAGAAAACUACUGAAACUAAAAGAGUUUUACAGAGUACUAGGAUAUAAGAUAAACAUACAAAAAUCAGUCAAAUUCCUCUACACCAACAAAGAGAAUGUCGAAGAGGAAAUCACCAAACCAAUACCAUUUACAAUAGCCCCUAAGAAGAUAAAAUAAUUAGGAAUAAAUCUAACCAAAGACGUAAAAGACCUAAACAAAGAAAACUAUAAGACACUACUGCAAGAAACCAAAAGAGACCUACAUAAGUGGAAAAACAUACCUUCCUCAUGGAUAGGAAGACUCAACAUUGUAAAAAUGUCUAUUCUACCCAAAGCAAUCUAUAGAUACAAUGCACUCCUGAUCCAAAUACCAGUGACAUUUUUUAAUGAGAUGAUGAAACAAAUCACUAACUUCAUAUGGAAGGGAAAGAGGCCCCGGAUAAGUAAAGCAUUACUGAAAAAGAAGAACUAAGUGGGAAGCCUCUGCUACCUGAUUUUAGAACCUAUUAUACUGCCACAGCAGUUAAAACAGCCUGGUACUGGUACAACAACAGAUACAUAGACCAAUGGAACAGAAUUGAGAAUCCAGACAAAUCCAUCCACAUAGGAGCAGCUGAUAUUUGACAAAGGCCCUAAGUCUGUUAAAUGGGGAAAAGACAGUCUCUUCAGCAAAUGGUGCUGGCAUACUGGAUAUCCAUCUGCAAAAAAAUGAAACAGGACCCAUACCUCACAUCAUGCACAAAAACGAACUCAAGAUGGAUCAAAGACCUCAAUGUAAAGUCUAAAACGAUAAAGAUCAUGGAAGAAAAAAUAGGGACAACGCUAGGAGCCCCAAUAUAUGGCAUAAACUGUACAUUGUACAAACAUCAGAAGAGAAAUUAUAUAACUGGGAGCUCCUCAAAGUCAAACACCUAUGCUCAUCCAAAACCUUCACCAAAAGAGUAAAGAUUACCUACAGAUUGGGAACAAGUUUUUAGCUAUGACAUUUCCAAUCAGCAUCUGAUCUCUAAAAUCUGCAUCAUACUGCAAAAACUGAACAACAAAAAGACAAAUAACCCAAUUAAAAAAUGGACAAAGGAUAUGAACAGGCACUUCGAAAAAGACAUUCAGGCUGCUAACAGAUACAUGAGGAAAUGCUCACGAUCAUUAGCCGUUAGAGAAAUGCAAAUCAAAACUACAAUGAGAUCCCAUCUCACCCCAACAAGGCUGGCAUUAAUCCAAAAACACACAAAAUAAAUGAGAGGUUAUGGAGAGACUGGAACACUUAUAUACUGCUGGUGGGAGUGUGAAAUGGUGCAGCUACUUUGGAAAUCGAUUUGGUGCUUCCUUAAAAAGCCAGAAAUAGAACUAUCAUACGACCUAGCAAUUCCACUCCUUGGAAUAUAUCCUAGAGAAGUAGGAGCCUUUACAUGAACAGAUAUAUGCUUACCCAUGUUUAUUGCAGUACUGUUUACAAUAGCAAAGAGAUGGAAGCAACCAAGGUGCCCAUCAACGGAUAAACAGAUAAAUAAACUAUGGUAUAUAUACACAAUGGAAUAUACUACACAAUGAUUAAGAAUAAUGAUGAAUCUGUCAAACAUUUCAUAACUUGGAGGAAUCUGAAAGGCAUUAUGCUGAGUGAAAUUAGUCAAUUGCAAAAGGACAAAUUUUGUAUGAGACCACUAUUUUAAGAACCCUAGAUAAAGCUUAAACACAGAAGAAAAUAUUCUUUGAUGGUUGGGAGGAAGGGAGAGGGAUAUUCACUAACUGGAUAGUAGAGAAAAAUUUUUUUAGGUGAAGGGAAGGGCAACACAUAACACAGGGAUAGUCAGUACAGCUGGACUAAAAACCAAAGAAGCUUCCUGAAUACAACCAAAAGCUUCGAAGGCCAGAGUAGCAGGUACGGGGGUCCAGGACCAUGGUUUCAGGGGACAUCUCGGUCAAUUGGCAUAACAAAAUGUAUUAGGAAAACGCUCUACAUUCCACUUUGGUGAGAGGCAUCUGGGGUUGUAAAUGCUAGCAAGUGGCCAUCUAAGAUGCAUAAAUUGGUCUCAACCCACCUGGAGCAAAGGAGAAUGAAGAACACCAAACACACAAGGUAAAUAUGAUCCUAAGACAGAAAGGGCCACAUAAACCAGAGACUUCAUCAGCCUGAGACCAGAACUAGAUGGUGCCUGGCUACCACUGAUCACUGCCCUGACAGGGAACACAACAGAGAAUCCCUGAUGGAGCAGGAGAACAGUGGGAUGCAGAUCUUAAAUUCUCGUAAAAAGACCAGGCUUAGUGGUCUGACUGAGCCUGGAGGGACCCUAGUGGCCACGGUCCCCAGACCCUUUGAUAGACCAAGAUUGGAACCAUUCCUGAAACCAACUCUACAGACAGGGACUGGCCUGGAGCAUAAGAUAGACAAUGAUGCUGGUGAGGAGUGAACUUCAUGGCUCAAGGAGACACAUGAGACUAUGUGGGUGACUCCUGUCUGGUGGCUAGAUGAGAAGGAAGAGGGGACAGGAGCUGGUUGAAUGGACACGGGGAAUGCAGGGUAGAGAGGAGGAAUGUGCUGUCUCAUAAAGGGGAGAGCAGCUGGGAGUACACGGCAGGGUGUGCAUGGCAUUUUGUAUGAGAGACUGACUUGAUCUGUAAACUUUCACCUAAAGCACAAUAAACAAAUUAAAAAAAGAAAAGAUGGUGUGUCAACUUGGCUGGGCCAUGAUUCUCAGUGGUUUGGCAGUUAUGAUGAAGUUUGGCAGCAAUGUAAUGAUGUAAUCAUCUCCAUAAUGAGAUCUGAUAUAAUGUAAAUCAUCUCCAUGAUGAGAUCUGCUAUGAGCAGCCAGUCAGUUGAAAGGGAGUUUCCUUGGGGGUGUGGUCUGCAUCCAGUAUUGGUGGACUUUCUGGCAAAGCUUGAGAGCUUUUUCUUCUGGGGAUCUUGCACCUGACCUCCAGUUUCUGGGACUUGAGCUAGCAGCUUACCUGCCAAGCUUAAGAUUUGUCGGCCUCCGCAAACUGUGAGCCAGAGCCCUGCUGUCUGACCUGCCUACCUUGGGUUCACUAGACCCUGCAGCUACAUGAGUCCAGGAAGCCUCCAGUGUGACCCAGGGACUUGGAACUUUCCAGCCUCUACAACCGCAUGAGCCAUUUCCUUGAUAUAAAUUUCUCUCUCUCUCUCUCUAGAUAGGUAGAUAGCUAUAGAUACAUAAAGUAUAUAUAUUUGUGUGUGUAUGUAUGUAUAUGUAUAUAUUUUAUAUAUAUGUGUAUAUAUAGAUGCUUCACUGUUUUGCUUCUCUAGCCUAAGACAUCUUUUUACUUAGCAUAAUAGUUUUAAGAUUUAUCCAUGUAAUAUUGUGAUUUGUUCCUUUUUGCUGCUGGAUACUACCCUGUAGUAUAUCUAUGAAUAACAAUUUGUUUAUCCAUUCACCAGAUAAUGGAUAUCUGGGUUGCUUUCACUUUUUGGUUAAUACAGUAAAACCUGCAAAAGCCAGAACCCAUGUAAGGCAGAACCCUGUCAAAGAAGGAAAACUGAAAUAUUUUCCACUAAUACACAGUGAUGGAAAAGUGUAAGACUAUAUUCAGUCAAAGGCAGAAAACUUGGGAGACACAG